CCAAAACCACAAACCCUUCCAUUUGAAUCGUUUAUAUGUAUUAGUCAGCAAUUUUCUAAUCUCACCAAUCAAGACAAAAAAAAAAAAAAAAGCAUUUACAAAGGGGAAUUUGGACAAUUACAAAGGGAUUCGUCAUCUCUGAUCAAGGGAUUAAAUUAAAACCUAUAGCAAAAUAGGGACUAAAUCAUAAUUCACUAAACUAUGGAGGACAUAAACGUGAUUCAAUCUUCACAACAAGAAGCGAAGCUCUAAAUAUUUUCCAGAACCGGAGAAAUUUUCUCCUCCUAUCCGAUCAUUUUCCUGUCGUUAAUCACCGGUGGAAAUCGCCAAGGUUUAGCUUAGAAAAGUCUCUCCCUCUCUUUCUUUUCUACCUGGGUUUCUACGAUCGUGAACCUCAGGCAUCACUUGAGGCACUUAUCUUCGGAUGUUUUUAGGAGGAGAGGAACUGUCAAAGUCUUGCAAGGGGCUUGCACUGGAACUGGUCAAGUGUCUCAGUGAAUCCGAUUGUAUUAAGAUUGAGAAUCGACCAUAUAAAGAAUGUGCAGGAGAGAAGUGCCCUUCCAUACCAAGUGAGUGUGUGGGACUUAGAGAAACUUAUUUCAAUUGCAAGAGAGGCCAGGCAUGUUCUUGUUUUUGUCUUCUCUUUAAUUCCAUUUGAUUUCUUUCUGUUUUCUUGUUUGUGGGCCUUUCAAGCAUUCCUUACUUUUAUCGAGACGAUUUUUAAGUUUUCUUUGUGCUCUGAUUGCAAUGAGUUAUAAUUUGAUUCUGAGCUA